GUUCACUUCAAGUCAUUUGUCUCGUAUCUUUCACCUGUACCGAAGUGUAAAGUGUUGUACGGUUUCUCCGUCCCGUGGUCGCCCGACUUUUGCCUGCCGGACGACAAAAUCGAUAUGAUUGCGGCGACGAGCGUCUUGCAGCAGCAGGCUGGAGACAUCCGCCAGACCAAGCCCAACUGGUCCUCGUACAUGCAGUCGCAGAUGAUUUCGCAGGAAGACUAUGCGUGCGUCAGCUCGCUGGAUAAGGACAAGAAGGCGUAGGCCGCCUACCUGCAGGAGAAUGCGCCGCAGUGCGCCAAGACGCUGCUGAACAUGCUGUCGCACGUGUCGAAGGACCAAACGAUCCAGUACAUACUGGUGCUGAUCGACGAUCUGCUGCAGGAGGACCGCACGCGCGUACAGAUCUUCCACGACUACGCAAACAAGAAGAAGGAGAGCGUGUGGGCCCCCUUCCUCAAUCUGCUGAACCGGCAGGACGGGUUCAUCGUCAACAUGGCGUCGCGCGUCGUCGGCAAGCUGGCCUGCUGGGGCCAGGAGCAGAUGCCCAAGUCCGAUCUGCACUUCUACCUGCAGUGGCUGAAGGAUCAGCUGACCGUUGUCAUUUCUUCGAUUGAAACUUCAUUAAAAAAGUUCUUUUGGUCGGAGCGGAGCCGGCUCCGGAGCCGUUGGUGCGGAGCCGGCUCCGAAAUUGUCUGGAGCCGGUCGGAGCAUAAUCCCCCAGCAACCCCUAGCUGGUAUAGAAUACAUCUUCCCGCUCGAUACUUCAGUAGGUUGUACAUUUGUAUGACCGCUUAGGGCCAAGACAUCAAACGUACGACUAACAUCGAUGAGGAACGUUUAUGCGUUUAUUUUAUCCAGUGUCCUCUUCGAUUGACUGUAUGGCGGCCCUUUUACAAACCAUGGAGGAGCGGAUUGGGUCGUUGGAGCGGGAGGUAAAAAUGGGUAACCUUAAGCUAUCCAGAAUGGAGGAAAAAUUGGACGAGCAGCCACGGCUAUUGUCGAUGUUGAUCGAGCAAACAGCGAAGCAGCGAAGAGCACAACCCGAAAAAUGAAACAGAAGAGGAAGAAACGGAACAUGAAUGCAUCACUGCGGCACCUGCUCCUGAACCUCCUCUUCAUUCGCCGAAUCCCGUUCCGCAUCGGGUUGUCGAGCAGUAGCUAUUCUUCAUAAUAAAAUAUAUUUUAUGUAUUUUCGUA